AUGGGAGCAGGCAAUGCCAGUGACUUGAGCAAAUUCUUCCUUGUGGGCCUCACCAAUGAGCUUCAGCUUCAGCCCAUCCUCUUUGCCUUCUUCUUCCUCAUCUAUGCAGUCACAGUAGUUGGAAGCCUGGGCCUCCUUGUUCUCAUUGUGGUGAGCUCCCGACUCCACACUCCCAUGUAUUUCUUCUUCAGCAACCUGUCCUUUAUUGAUUUCUGUUAUUCUUCCAUCACCGCCCCCAAAAUGUUUAUUCUUUUUUGGGAGCCCCCCAAAAUGUUGAUGAGGUUCUUCUCUGGUUGCCAAACCAUCUCCUUCUCUGGUUGUGUGGUCCAGACAAGCUGCUUUGUGAUCUUUGCUGUCACUGAGUUCUUUCUCUUGGCCUCCAUGGCCUAUGACCACUAUGUGGCCAUCUGCAGCCCUCUGCUCUACCGUAUCCUCAUGUCCACAAGGUUCUAUUUGCAGCUAGUGGCUGCCAGCUAUGCAGUGGGCCUAAUGAACACAGUGCUCCUCACUAGCACAAUCUUUCAUCUGACCUUCUGUAAGUCCCAUGUCAUCACUCAUUACUCCUGUGAUAUUUCUCCCCUUUUAAAACUCUCCUGCUCUGACACACAGGUCCUUCAGCUUCUCCUGUUUGUUUGUGGUGGUUUUAAUGUGUCUGUGUCCCUGACAGUAGUCCUGGUCUCCUACACAUGUGUCUUCAUGGCUAUUAUAAGAAUCCCCUCAGCCCAGGGCAAACACAAGACAUUCUCCACUUGUGCAUCCCACCUGACUGAUGUCAGUUUGUACUAUGGAACCAUGGUAUUCGUUUACUUGUGCCCAACUUCUGAGUACUUACUAGGCAGGGAAAGGCUGGUCUCUGUAUUUUACACAGUGGUCAUCCCCAUGCUCAACCCCAUGAUCUACAGUCUGAGGAACAAAGAUAUGAAGGAAACAGUUGGGAAUGUUCUCAAGAAGACCUCACAAUUCUUCCCCCUCCCCAUACCCAGAUUUCCAUGA